ACGUUCCUCCGGAAAUUCCAUUCUGACCCGAUGGAGUCGCUGUAAUCAGCUGUGUCGCACGUCUCGUUAUGAUAAACAAGUAAUGAAAGGGAAAACACGUAAAAAUAAUGGAAGGUGUGCUGUAUAAAUGGACAAAUUACAUUAGCGGUUGGCAGCCUCGUUGGUUCGUGCUUGAUGGAGGUACUUUGUCUUACUACGACUCUCAAGAAGACGCGUGGAAAGGUUGCAAGGGCAGCAUUAAAGUAUCAGUUUGUGAAAUUCAAGUUCAUUCCUCUGACUCCACGCGAGUUGACCUGACCAUACCGGGAGAGCAGUACUUCUACCUUAAAGCCAUCAAUGCAGCAGAGAGGCAAAAGUGGCUGGUGGCUCUGGGAACAGCCAAAGCCUGCCUUACUGACAACCGAACCAAGAGAGAAAAGGAGCUUCAGGAGAGCACAGAGGCACUGAAGACUAAGAUGUCAGAGCUCAGAUUGUACUGUGACAUUCUGCUCCAACAAGUAAACAAGAUCAAGGAGAAUGAUGAACUAGGAGAAACGGCGGAGACUGGCAUAGACACUGGAAACAUGGUGAAGUCAACGUGCACAACGUUCCUCAAGACUCUGGAGGAAUGCAUGCAGAUAGCAAAUCGAACGUUUAGUACAGAUGUGACAACACACAGUUCACCAGGAACUCCUCCUGUAGCAGCCAUCAAACCCCAGAGGAUUAAACCCGGCAAUCAUUUGAAGCAGAACCAUGGAGAGCAGUGGAGAGAUUUGAGUGAAACCUCAGGAAAAGCAUUUGCACAAGACAACCAGAGGCUGGACUCUGGAGUGGAGGGACCAGACGAGCCAGGCGGACCAGAGCAACCUCCCUCCCCAUCAGACAUCGAUCUGUCGAUGGGCUCCGAUCAUGAAGCACAAGUCCGUCCUGCACACACUACCCAGAAUACCUCUGAGAGUGAACACUACAACCAAUCAGCAGAGGGAGACGAAGAGAAGGAAGCUACUGAUGAGGAGAAACGACAGCUGCAUAAUGUGGACCAAAGUCAAGAGAAUGCUGUCCAAUGUGAGGGACAACAGAAAGACAUUUCACACCGUGAAGAGAAGUCUGAAGAAGACGCGCCUCCCAGAGAUCCAGCAGCAGAAUUAGAGCAGGUGGAGACCUUCUUCAGCACAAUGAGCCACAGAUUUAGUGAUAUAAGACUGGAUGAAGACAAUGGUAUUCCUACGCAACAGUUUUUGGACUCAUGCUAUGCAAUAGUGCCUGUAUUAGACAAGCUGGGAUCCACAGUUUUUGCUCCAGUUAAAAUGGAUUUUGUUGGGAAUAUUAAGAAGAUCCACCAGAAGCUGGUGUCGAACCCUGAUGGCUUCCCCACGCUGCAGUCCAUCGUGCUGAGCGAGGUGCAGAUGAAUCUGGCUCAGGUACGAAACUCUGCAACCGAAGCUCUGCUGUGGCUCAGACGAGGCCUGAAGUUCCUCAAGGAGUUUCUGUCAGAGGUCAACGCUGGGGAGCAGGACAUCCAGGCUGCACUAAAUAACGCCUACGGGAAGACUCUUCGGCAGUACCAUGGGUGGGUAGUACGAGGUGUAUUUGCUCUGGCGCUGCGAGCCGCCCCGUCUUAUCAAAAUUUCACCGCCGCCUUAGUGUCACAAGAAGGUGACGAACUGAGGAGCGACUUCACCAGCAGCAUGCACAAUGACCUGGGAGUGUACCUGCCCGCCAUGGAGAAGCAGCUGGUGAUCCUGGAUGAGCUGUAUGAGGAGUACGGCCUGGAGUCUGAUGAGGUGGUGUGAAAACGGAAAACUUCCAGAGAUGGAUGGAGCUGGUUCCAGAGCAGCAACACGCUGCUAACAGGCCUGAGCAUUAGGCAGAUGUUACUGACAGGUGUUUUAGUGGUUUAACUGGUAAACGUAGAAGUUCUGGGUGAGAAGUUUAUUCUAAGAAGUCCACAAAAGGGCAAAGCAAGCAGUAACUAUUGAGACAAAAAGGUCUUAACAAUGAAGAGGUCUUGUUCCAGACAGAGAAACCGGUGUUGGAUUCACGCGGACUCCAGCCGGUUCCAUGAUCUGGAAGCUAGUUUGGUUUUCGCUUUAAGCCGAGAAGAAUGUAAACAAAUCUUCCAACAGUGUUGCUGUAGUCCAUUGGUUUCAUAAGCAGAUGCCAGCGCCAAGCACUGGAGUCGAGUGGUGUCGUGCUGAUGCUCAGUUACCAGAAAGGUGUACAACAUGUUAGUAGAACUGGAGAUGCAGUCCUUUCCAUGCUGCCAGUUCCUUGGGACCAAAAAAGGAGUUUUACCAUGAUUGCUUUAGCUUCCGCUGCCUACAAUAACCCACAAUGCAAUGUUGAAGUAGUGAGCGCUGCUGCUCACAUGAUGCUGUCUGCACAAACCUAUGCAUAGUUUACAUGUUUUUGUAUCUAUUUAUUGUGUUGUAAGUUAAGGAGUUUUGUGGCCUCUUGGCACGUUCCUGUAAAGAGCAUGUUUGUAUGUCAGAAGUAACACCGGUGCCAGCAGAAACCACAUAAAGCCAAGGGCUCAGGUCCCGUGCCGCUCCGUUACGUCGGGAAGAUCGGUAAGGUUGGUUUAGCUCUCCCAACAAAUGAGCGGUGAUGACCUCAGUAUCUGGCCUCAGGUCACUGGAAACUACAGAAACACCCUCUUAGGGCUUUUUGAGACGUUCUGUAUUGUUGUUAUAAACUUUUUUUCCAGGAUUCAUCAACAAUCUCGAAGUAAAUAAUGGAUUUAGGAUAAUGUAACAGUUGUGCAAUAUGCUGAGUGUCAGUUAAAAAUCAUUAAUUCUGUUUUGGUAUUGUAAUUGUACAACUAAUGAAUAUUUUUAAUGAAUGAGCAUAAAAUGCAGUUUGAUUUUUACCUAAUAAAGAUGAAGUGUAA